GUAGUGACGUAAUACGCACUCAGUGCCUAGCGGUAACGAGAGACAGACUUGGGUGAGACAUGGCUGAUCCGGAGCUAGACGCCAUCCGCAAACAACGCCUGGCGGAGCUGCAGGGCAGAAAUUCUGAUGGUGCCAGUGAGCAGUCAAGGCAGGAAGCCAAACAAAGAGAAGAUGAUAUGCGAAACAAUAUUUUGGCCCAGGUCCUCAGCCAGGAAGCACGUGCACGUUUGAAUAAUCUUGCUCUUGUCAAGCCGGAGAAAGCCAAAGCUGUUGAAAAUUACCUUAUACAAAUGGCACGAUAUGGACAACUUGGGGGAAAGCUUUCAGAACAAGGUCUAAUAGAAAUUUUGGAAAAAGUGAGUCAACAGACAGAAAAGAAGAUGACAGUUAAGUUUAACAGAAGGAAAGUCCUGGACUCUGAUGAGGAGGAUGACUGAGUGACGACCAGUGGCAACGGUUUCGAUGCAAAAUAAAUUACCUGAUCAAGCACUUGUUUUACAGCAAAAGGCACUGAAAUAUGUUUAAUAAAACUGAGAGACAUUUUACUUUAAAUUAAAAUAACUUUUCCUUGGAAGACUGGCGAUUUUUAAAAACCAGACCUGUCCUGCAAUAAGGAUCACAUUCAUUCUCUGAUACACUGUUAUGUUUUUGGUUAAUCCGGCUGGGCCACUCUUCCCCCACCUUGGGUAAUGUUAAAGUAUUAGAAGAAUCUGACUUUUACUAAGUCUUGAUGUCAUUAAAUUUAAUGAAGUAAUUAAAGUAGCUAUUGACUCCAAGGAAUGUAUGUUCAGGCGGCAAACGUAUUGGAAUUCUUGCAGUUUCUGUGAAUUUGACAGCCAAGCGCAGAGGAUAGUGCCAUGAUUUUUUUUUUUCUUUGUUCCCUAAAUUAAUAAAGUCCUUCUGUGCUGUGAAUUUUGUAAAGACCAUCCGUGGCCUAAUGUGUUUCAUAUUAUGGUACAGAGAGGAAAGAAAUCAUACCUGUUUGCUCUUUUUACACUAAAUUAUUUAGGUGAAUGUACCAAAUAAAAAUCUGAACUUUAAAGUACUUGAAA